AUGCAACAAAUUGUGGUUACAAGACGCAAUCCGGGCCUGUUUUGUCCAGCACAGGGCAAACCGACAGACUUCGCCAAAGCAGGCACUCUGAUCACCCCAUCACCCGAUGCGGGACCGAUAUCCACAACCUUCAACCUGGGCCAGGAACUUCAUCAUUAUGGCGGCGUGAAUAGUGGCCUGGAACCAUGGAUAGCGAACGCGCAAGAGACUCCCAAGAUCAUACCUUCUGUCACCGCGUUGACUGCAAGGACUAGUCUCGGGCACGCAGUGGAAGUCCAACGAGGCGCAGCAAAACGUGGCCUACUCGAGAUAUACGCCAUGGCGGCGAGCAACACCUCGUCAAGCGGGGUACUGGACGAUCAGCUCCGCCUCAUCGUGGAAUCUUCCCAUAGAGUUGGCCUGGACCACAAAUUGCAGGAGGACGCGAUCAAGAUGAGUAUGAUUGGCGUCAAUUCAGACCGCAUUAAUGCGCUCAUCAGAAAUGCCGAGAUCACCAAAAAUUCAGCACACGAGUUAGCCACUUACUGGGAUAUCGCCUGGAAGGCGUACAAUCUGCUCGAUUUCAAACAAAAGGGAGCAAACCUGGCCGAGGCACAGUGGACGCGCAAACAAGCAGAGGAGACUGCGAGACAGGGGAACAUCAUCAUGGUUUUCACCAAAGUCACUAUCAUCUUCGCAAGUCAAUCAAACACUGGCCCUCUUCCUGUGUCAUUUCUUUCAUCGUUUUUCGCAUUGGAAAUCACCGAGUUCCCAAGAGACGACGAAAAGGAGCUCCGGUUUGGUCCGAAAUGGACACUCAUGUACAUACGUAAGUAUACUCACACGGUCAUACUCGUGGACCGGCAUGCGAACGAGGUGGCUAUCUGA